UUUGGUUAUUGGUAAAAAUUUUUGGUUAGUGAUAAAUAUAGUUAUAGUUACAUAACUGAAAUGUUCUUCCUAGAACUCAUUAAUGUUUAAUGAAUUAAUUCGCUGAAGAAGAACCAUACUUUCAGUUUUGAUAUGUAUUUGUAAAGCAUAAGUCAUGAUCGUUAAGAAUCGAUGCUACAACAAGAACUCAUUAAUGUGCAAUGAAUCAAUUCGCUGAACAAGAGCCAUACUUUCAGUUUUGAUAUGUAUUUGUAAAGCAUAAGUCAUGAUCGUUAAGAAUCGAUGCUACAACAAGCAUAAGUCAUGAUCGUUAAGAAUCGAUGCUACAACAAGAACUCAUUAAUGUUUAAUGAAUUAAUUCGCUGAAGAAGAACCAUACUUUCAGUUUUGAUAUGUAUUUGUAAAGCAUAAGUCAUGAUCGUUAAGAAUCGAUGUUACAACAAGAACUGAAUAGUUUUAUGAGACCGCUGGGUGAAAGAGAUCCUGAUUUGCUGUUUUGAUUUGUGCUUCUUAAACUGAACUCUACAAUGAAGCGAGUUUUCAAAAGAGGGAAAGGAAAGAAAGAUGUAAAGGAUGCAGGAAAAUCGCAACCAACCAUGGACAAUAAGAACUUGGAUCAGUUCCACAAAGAAAAGCAAAACGAUGAAGUCGACCACGCAGAAAGCCUUCCUGAUGUAAGAGCUAUAGACAAACAACCCUCGACAUUUCGAGAACGAGAUGCAGGAGUAUCCGAACUAAACAUGGACAAUAAGAACUUGGAUAAUUUCCACAAAGAAAAGCAAAACGAUGAAGUCGACCUCGCAAAAAGCUUUCUUGAUGUAAGAGCUAAGGACAAACAACCCUCGACAUUUCGAAAACGAGCUGGGACAGUAUUUAAGUCCUUCCGAGGAAAAAAAUCAGAUAAACUCAAGAAGAAAGAAAAAGACGCCUAUGAAGAUAAAAGCUUGGGGGAGAAAAAUUUAAAUACCACUAAAAAUCGAGACGAGCGUAAGAAUGUUGAGAAAGAAUCUAACCAAACCACGGAGAAAAAUUAUUUGAAUGAUUUUGACAAAGAAAAGAAAAACGAGGAGAACAUCGCAGAUAAUAUCAUCAAAGAGGAAAACGUAAACACGUCAAAUGAUAGCAUUGAUCAUGUAACGGAUGCAGGAGUAUCCGAACUAAACAUGGACAAUAAGACCUUGGAUAAUUUCCACAAAGAAAAGCAAAACGAUGAAGUCGACCACGCAGAAAGCCUUUCUGAUGUAAGAGCUAAGGACAAACAAACCUUGACGAUUCGAAAACGAGUUGAGAAAGAAUCUAACCAAACCACGGAGAAAAAUUAUUUGAAUGAUUUUGACAAAGAAAAGAAAAACGAGGAGAACAUCGCAGAUAAUAUCAUCAAAGAGGAAAACGUAAACACGUCAAAUGAUAGCAUUGAUCAUGUAACGGUUGAGAGAGACUCGAAGCAAACUACGGAGGAAAACAGUUUGGCUGAUGUUGGCAUAAAAGAGAAGAACGAGAAAAGAAAAAACGUUGAAAACGUCAAAGAUAACAUCAUCCAGAUUGAAAAAGAAAACGCCUCGAAUAAGAGCGUCCAUUGUGUGAAGGGCCCAAAAGAAUUUCGUCAGGAUUUCGAAUUGGGUGUAACUCCCAAUAAAAAAGAAAAGACUUCUCAUAAAACAAAACAAAAGGCAUUAUCUGAACUAUGCGAACGUUUAGGUCUUAAAACAAAACUUACAUUGAAACAUGCACGUACUGUUGCAACGUUUACUGACGACAAACUGACUUCUCAUGACCAAAUUCCCAGUUAUAUUCUUAAAAUGUUAAUGAUGGCUAAUCACCAAGCACGUGAAUUUAAACUGGAACCAUUAAAAAAAAGUAAAGUUAUAAAAUCAAGUAACGGUACUGAUGUAAGUGAUAGCGAUGACAAGGAUGAAAAUGGAAUUGAAUCCAAUGAAGUCGAAAAUAUAAGUUUGGAAGAUGAAGAUAAAUCCGAUGAUGAAGAUGAGUCCGAUGAUGAAGAUGAGUCCGAUGAUAGUGAUAAUGAAAGUGAAGCUGUGGAAGGAAUUAAUCCUAUGGAUGCUUUGAUGGGACUUUUCCAUAGUUCAGACGAUUUCUUGCGACGGGAUCUGGCUGUAAAACUUAGUGUAUGUCAGCUUAGCGUGCCUUUCAUUUUACCUGAUCCUGAUGAUCCAGCAAAAAACCCAACUGUCUUGCUUUCAGCGUUGGAAAAAAUAACAAAAUCUUGGAAAGAUGCCACUUCCGAAGACUCUGCUAAAGUUGUCUACGCAACUGAACAUCCGUUUCCCGUAGUGUCUUUUAUCCGGCUGGGAAAUGUGACCAUGUCCAAAUCGUCCCUAAUGAACAAGAUUAUCAGUGAUGGUAAUGGUGAUCAUGAUUUCUUUUUUCAUAAAAACAUCAAAGGUGGUGAUGUGGAAAGGAAAGUCGUGGAAGGUUUAGUUGAACUUGUGUGGUAUCUUCCUGGUGGAAACAAGGAGAACUCUUUGCAAAAGGAAAUUUGUUUUACUAAUUUACGCGGAGAUGCUCAGAGUUUCAAGAAGCAAGUUAAUGUACUUCGAGAGAUAUCAAACAUUUUGUGUAUUUUAUUGCCUUCGAAAAUGCCUGACGAACGCAUGAGAAAUUUUUUGGAUAAAGCUAUAAUGUCUGAAGGUAAAACACUGCUGAUUUUUAACGAAAAAAGGCAAAAAGAAGUGAAGAAGUACUACAAAGAUUUAGAGAAGUGUCAUCGAACAAAAUUGUCUUCCUGUACAAAAGCAUCUAAAGCAAAUGAAUAUGAAUUUUUCAAUUAUAUUCGCAAGGUUAUACAAAGCAAUAUAAAAGAGGCUGAGGACAGUAACAAGCAAGAAAGUAAACUGAAAUCUUUAGCAAAUCUCAAAUGCCAUUCAAAGGAAAGUGAUGUUUACUUUGAUGACGACCCAGCUUAUGCCAAAUUGGAAAAAACUGUGGAAUCUUGGAUUUCUGAUGGGAUUCAAAAUUCAAAAAAACUGUUUAAGCUACAAGGUCAUGUACCAAAUUUAGCAGAUUUAGAAAAAAAGAUACAUAAUCCAACAUUUCGUACCACUAUUAAACGAAAAGACGUUGUCAAUGAAUUAUGCAACGAACGGGAAAAUGAAAAAAUGGCUCAGAUUGAAUCUUUCAAAAGUAUGAACAAAGGUGUUAUUAAAUUCCUUAAUUCCAUAGCUGUAAUGAAUGAACAGGAGCUGAUUAGAAAUUUGCAUCAUUUGAAGUAUUUAUUAGACAAAGCUUCUCUAUCUGUGAUGACAGAUUUACAUCAAAAAUAUCGUCGGGCAUUACUUUCUGUUAAAGAACCUACCGAAAAUAUGCACAAUGAUAAGCCAGAUUCACAAACCGAGGGAGAAAAGAAUUUAAAUGAACUGGAAAAAUUGAUAUUAAAGUCUUCAUUUGGUUUGGAGCAUAUCAUUAGAGAGGUUGCUCAACUUUAUCAGAUUACUGAUAUUGCAGUGAAUGAUUAUGUUGGUGCUGCAGCAAAAAUUCUUCUUUCCGGAGAGCCUUUGGAAUUGCUGGAUGGUGAUUCAGGUUACAUACCAAUGAAAUGGUUUAAUGCUGUUUAUGAAGAAUUAGAAAUGCAAACAAAUAACGCAAGCAUUUACGUCAUUUCUGUGUUAGGUAUUCAAAGUUCCGGUAAAUCGACAAUGUUAAAUACAAUGUUUGGUUUAGAAUUUCCUGUAAGUGCAGGAAGAUGUACUCGUGGUGCUUUUGCUAGUCUUGUUCCACUUAGUGAUCAACUUAAAUGUGACUCAAAUUUUGAUUAUGUUUUGAUCAUUGAUACUGAAGGUCUGAAAGGAAUGGCUGACCCAAUAGUGAGAGAACACGAUAAUGAAUUGGCAACUUUUGCUGUUGGUGUGGCUGAUGUCACGAUUGUCAAUAUCUUUGGUGAAAACUAUAAUGAAAUUAAAGAGUUUUUGGCGAUGGCUGUUCAUGCUUUCUUAAAAAUGAAACUUGUGAAAAGUAAGAAAUCAUGGAAGAUCGUCCAUCAAAAUGUUGCUGCUAAUGACGCUGCAGAUAAGUUAAUGAUGGAUAGGCGAAAUCUGAAGCAAAAUCUAGACCAUAUGGCAAGGCUUGCAGCAAUACAAGAAAAUUGUGAUGAUCAGUUUCAAAAGUUAGAUGAUAUCAUUGCAUUUGACGAAAAUAAAGACGUAUUUUACAUACCAAGUCUAUUGAAAGGAAGUCCUCCCAUGGCUCCGAUAAACCCAAAUUAUGGUAGAGACUUGCAAAAGUAA